AUGACGUCAACGUCUUCUUCAGCGCCUCAUUACAGUUCUCUCCCCUCGCCCUCAUCAUCUAACUCCACUGCCUCCUAUUUCGUCACACGCCCCGCGACAACCACGCGCUCUUCUUUCGCCACGCGCCGACCAUGGGAAGAGGUGUUCGCGCUCUUCUCAUUCACGCGCCCUUACUCGAUCGGCGAAGCGACGAUGCGCGUGAGGCGCAACCUCGAUCACUUCCGCGUGAACUACUUCAUGAUCGUGCUGUUCGUUUUGUUCCUGAGCCUCCUCUGGCACCCGGUCUCGAUCAUCGUGUACUUGGUGGCGCUCGUGGUGUGGUUCUUCCUCUACUUCUUCCGCGACGAGCCCUUGGUGGUGUUGGGCACUGCGGUGGAUGAUAGGGCGGUGGCGACGGUUCUUGCGGCGGCGACCGUCGUGGGAUUGGUGCUCACCGGCGUGUGGGUGAACGUGGUGGGUUCGGUGAUCAUUGGGAUUGUGCUGGUGGUGUUGCACGCUUCGUUUAGGAGCACGGAGGAUUUGUACGUGGAUGAGCACGAUGGAGGGUUGCUUUCGUUCGUUGGGGGUACCCCUACGAAAGGAACGGGAGGGUACACACUUAUAUAA